CUCACUGUUCUCAUCGAUUCUGCUUUUAGAUUGCUGCUAGGGUCGGCCGCUCAUCGGCUAUGGCCAAAGGGCCUGGGCAGCUAGGCUCUGUCGAGACUACCAUGGCAUCUUUAAAUCAUCUGAAUAAAAGAGCCUCUCACUGCACUGUGUCAGUAGGCGAUUCACUGUAUGUGUGGGCUGGUAAUCAGGAUGAUUUACCUAAAGUACAUGAUAGUGAAGAGAAGAGAAGGAUCACUAGUAAUAUAGAGCACUUUACUUAUUCAACUGGUCAAUGGAUCACUAGAGCUACUACUGGUACUCCUCCAUUAGGAGUCAUGGGAUACUGCUGUACUGCAAUAAAUGACCAUCUGUAUUAUUUCGGAGGUCAUCACAACGACUGCUUUUACAACAGUAUUACACAACUGGAUACCAUUAGUCUUCAAUGGAGAGAAAUUGAGCCGACUCAUGCAACUAGGCCAGUUAUGAGGAGAGGUUAUGGUGGAAUGAUAUCAUUUAAACAUGAUAAAGUACACCACUUACUAAUGAUAGGAGGAGGAGGAUCUAAACCAGCUGUACAACUACCUCAUUAUAAAUAUAUUAAGUUUCCUAGUGGAAGAUGGCGUACUAAUGAGCACUCAAUAUAUAAACUAUCAUCAAGAAAAUGGAAUAAUCCUUCAAUCAUUGGUCAGUGUAUACCACCUGCUAAUGCCUUUAUCAUUGAAAAGUUCAACAACACUAGAGCUGUUCUUUUUGGUGGAGUAGAGACUGAUGAUGAUGAUGAUAAGAAUACUUAUGCUAACAACAUUUAUAUAUUAGAGAUAUCAAUCAGCACUGUGUUCUGGCAGUGUAUAAAAAAACCUGAAGCAGUUGACCAAUGGCCUGUGGGUAGAUGCCAUCAUGCAGGUGCUAUUAUUAUAACUGGAUCAGACUGUCCUAUGCUAGUGAUAAGUGGUGGGUUGGAUAAGAAUAAAGAUACAUUAGAUGAUUGUUGGAUCUUUAACAUGACUGAACAUUCCUGGAUAAAGUUAGCUGUGCCUCACUCUGUUAGUAAGAGAAAGAAUCAUUCUCUCUCAGUGUUCAUUAUGAGUCCUCAUUGUGUCUGGAUAAUAACUGUUGGAGGAUAUUUUGAUAAGAAAACAAUUGCUAACAUUGUUAUGUUAACCGAAUUAGACAUCAAAUAUAUAGUUAUUAACAGGAAAGGAGAGUGGAUAGCAGGUGAUACAUUAUGCAUCAAUGGUGUCAAUAAUAAUGAAUACAAAAUGAAGUAUCAGGACCAACUACAGUUAGGCAGAAGAAUAUGGUUGGAGGAGUACCAGGAAGCAAGAAAAGGAGAUACAUCUGAUAUUGAGCAAACCCUUAAGUCUGCUAUUAAUGCUCUUGAGGAAAAGGAGAGACAAGCACAGUUUUAUCGUCAGGUAAUAGAGCAAAAAGAAAGAGAAGAAGCUGAGAAAGAUCAAGAAAUACGAAGAUAUUGUUAUCAGCUGCAAGAGAAAGAUAGAAUGCUGCAAGAGAAGGAUAGAAUGCUGCAAGAGAAGGAUAGAGAAUUAUGUCAGUCUCAAGACACAGUCCGUAUGUACCAGCAUAAUGAUCACUGGGUUAUUAGUAAAGAUGAGGUUGCUUUGACUAAGGAAAAGUUAGGAAAGGGAGCUUAUGGUUUCGUUACAGUUGGUAUCUUUAGAGGUUUAAGAGUAGCUGUCAAGUCACUUCAUACUAUCAUCAUCUCAGAUUAUAAUCGAGGUCUCUUCUCCAGAGAAAUGAGCAUAGCAUCACGAGUACGUCAUCCUAACCUGGUCCAGUUUAUUGGUGCAACUAAAGUGGGUAAUCCUCUCAUCUUAACCGAGCUGAUGAGCACUAGUCUUAAUCAUGAGCUUCGCAGAAACCGAUUAACCAAUCAACAGAUUCUGAGUAUUGCUCAAGAUGUAGCUUUAGGCCUCAACUACCUUCAUCUGUUUAAGCCUCAGCCUAUUAUUCACAGAGAUGUGAGCAGUCCUAAUGUAUUAUUAAAGCCUUGCACUGGACCUGCUGGUUUUGAAGCUAAAAUUUCAGAUUAUGGUACAGCUAAAAUAGUGCAAACUGAUAAUAUUGGUGCUAGAUCUAGUUAUAUGCCAGGCAAUCCAGCAUAUGCUGCACCAGAAGCUCCUAUUCCUGAUCAACACAGUCCAGCAAUGGAUGUCUACAGUUACUCUGUUCUCCUUAUGGAAAUGACUUUGUGUUCUCUACCAGAAAUGACAACAGCAGAGAGAGAAGUACAAUCUGGUAGUGUCUCCUGGUCUGAUAUGAAGUCCCUCAUACAAAGAGGACUUAAUGCUAAUCCUAGAGCUCGUCCUACUAUGGCUCAAGGAAUAGAGUCAUUGAAAAGGAUGAAGAUUUGAUUUAUUGUGUGUAUUUUGAUAAUCAUUACUGCUGCAUUUUAUUUAGUUUUUGGUUUUAUACUUUUAGCUUUUAAAUUUAA